GGCCUGUUUUCCCACACACAUUUAAUUUCCUCCGUCUCUCUCUCUCUCUCUCUACCCCUCUAGAGAUCUCUAUUCCUCUCUCUCCCUCAUUCUCUGCAAUAAUAUUCUUAGAUUAUUCUUUGAAAUACUGAAAUAUCGUGACCUUUUACUAAUUGAUAUUCUUAGAAAUGGAAUAUUUGAACUUCAUGAAUACUCCACACAAUAGAACUCAUCAAACAUCAUCAUCAACAGGCUCUAGCAUGAAUCAGAGUAAUAGAAUCAGUAGUAAUAACGGGCAGUUUUCUGAUAGCUCGCUGCAGAAGCGUGAAGAUCAAGAAAAAAGUGAUGACAUAAUCAUGUCAUCGCCGCCAUUGAAUUUGAAGAAUCUCUCCAAGCUGAUUCUUCCACCGUUGGGUGAUUCCAGCUCCAAUCAAACUCAAAUUCAGUCAAAAGGAUGGAUCAUCUCCCCUAUGGUUUCCAGAUACAGGUGUUGGGAGACAUUUAUGGUGCUAUUGGUGGCAUAUUCAGCGUGGAUGUACCCAAUUGAGGUUUCAUUUCUAAAUUCAUAUCCAAAGAAACCACUAUACAUUGCCGACAGCGUUGUGGAUUUGUUCUUCGCCAUCGACAUUGUUUUGACAUUUUUUGUCGCUUAUAUUGAUUCCACCACUCAGUUACUCGUUCGUGACUUUAAAAAGAUUGCGCUCAGGUAUUUAUCAACAUGGUUCCUAAUGGAUGUGGCAUCAACCAUCCCAUUUGAGACACUCUACUACUUGUUCACCGGCAAUAGGAAAAUCCCACUCUCUUGUUACCUCUUGGGAAUGCUUAGGUUUUGGAGACUUAGGCGAGUCAAACAAUUCUUCACCAGGCUUGAGAAGGACAUCAGGUUCAACUACUUUUGGACCAGAUGUGCCAGGCUUUUAUUUGCGACACUGUUGCUAGUACAUUGUGCCGGAUGUCUUUACUAUCUGUUAGCAGAUUUGUAUCCGCAUAAAGGACAGACAUGGAUUGGAACUGCAAUUCCGAAUUUCCGGGAGACUAGCCUUUGGAUUCGUUACAUUUCAGCCUUGUAUUGGUCCAUCACCACCAUGACAACCGUCGGUUAUGGCGAUCUCCACGCGGUCAACACUGUGGAAAUGAUCUUCAUCAUAUUCUUCAUGCUCUUCAAUCUUGGCUUCACUGCUUACAUCAUUGGCAACAUGACGAACUUGGUCGUUGAAGGAACCCGCAGGACUAUGGAAUUUAGGAACAGCAUCGAAUCAGCGUCGAAUUUCGUAUCCCGGAAUCGGUUGCCUGCAAGGUUAAAAGACCAAAUAUUGGCUUACAUGUGCUUGAGAUUCAAGGCUGAGAGUUUGAAUCAGCAGCAUCUGCUUGAACAGCUACCGAAAUCGAUUUGCAAGAGCAUAUGUCAGCACUUGUUCUUGCCAACUGUGGGGAAGGUUUAUCUUUUCAAGGGUGUUUCCAAGGAAAUACUUUUGCACUUGGUUGCGAAAAUGAAGGCAGAGUACAUACCACCUAGAGAAGAUGUUGUAAUGCAAACUGAAGCGCCAGAUGAUGUCUACAUUAUUGUCUCUGGAGAAGUGGAAAUAAUUGAUUGUGAAAUGGAUAAAGAGCUUGCAGUUGGGACUCUACAGUCAGGCCACAUCUUUGGAGAAGUUGGAGCUCUUUGCUGCAGGCCACAAGGGUUUACUUACCGAACCAAGACUCUUUCGCAGCUUUUGAGACUUAAAACCACCGAUCUAAUCGAAGCGAUGCAGGCCAGAAAAGAAGAUAACCUACAAAUUCUCAAGAACUUCCUUCAGUAUCACAAAAAGCUUCAGGAUCUUAAAAUUGGAGCAUUGCUGGUUGAGGGCGGGGAAGAAGAGGGCGAUCCCAACAUGGCAGAUAACUUGUUGACCGUUGCCCACACGGGAAAUGACGGGCUUCUGGAUGAGCUUCUCAAGGCAAAGCUUGAUCCAGACAUUGGAGACUCAAAAGGAAGGACUCCUCUGCACAUAGCAGCAUCUGAAGGUCAUGAAGAAUGUGUAUUGGUGCUCCUCAAGCAUGCCUGCAAUGUACACUUAAAAGAUAUGAAUGGCAACACAGCAUUAUGGGAAGCUAUUGCAUCAAAGCACCAUACCAUAUUCAAUAUGCUUUACCACUUUGCUGUCCUUUCGGAUCCAUACAUCGCCGGGGAACUUCUAUGCACCGCUGCAAAAAGAAACGAUGUCACGGUGAUGAAGGAGCUCUUGAAAUAUGGAUUAAACGUAGACUCGAAGAACCACCACGGGUCGACACCAGUACAAGUAGCCAUGGCAGAUAACAAUGUGGACAUGGUGAACUUGCUUGUGAUGAACGGAGCGGAGGUUGUCAAUGCAAACACGUAUGAGUUUCCUUCUACGGCUCUGAAUGAAAUGCUGGAAAAGAGGGAGGUUGGAUACCGGAUUAACGUGCCUGAAACUGCGCCAAAUGAAGUGCUUUCGAUGCAAAGCGAAGCAGAGAAGAGAAAAUCUGAUGGAGUAAAUUGUCCUAGAGUGAGUAUAUAUAGAGGUCAUCCAAUGGAGAGGAAAGAGACCUGUUGCAAGGAACCUGGGAAGCUAAUUAGGUUGCCAAGUUCAUUAGAAGAUCUCAAAAAAGUUGCAGGCGAAAAGUUUCGGUUGAAUUGCAGAGAAAUAAUUGUAACAAACGAGGAAGGUGCAGAAAUUGAUUCGAUUGAAGUGAUUAGAGAUAAUGAUAAGCUUUUCAUUAUGGAAAAUGACACAGAUUAAUUAAUUGACCAUUAAGGCCAAGUCUUGGAAAUUAAUGUGAUCGAUCGAGAAGUUAACAUUCACUAAAGUAACAAUUUCGCUUGUAAUGUUAGCUCCUUGUGUGGAUCUAGUUUAAAAUUUUGAACUGUAAAUGUUACACAAUCAAUUGAAAUGUAUUAAUAUAAAGUUUCUUAUUGCCUAACUUCUUUGAAGCACUUUAGGGCCUCAUGUUUCUGAGACUUAUAAUUUCUAGAAAUGUUUA